UUUGCUCGUUUCUUGUUGUAGCAAUGGUAAUCUCUUACUUAUUUUGUUCAAAAAGAAGAAAGCGAGCAUAGCCAACAGGAGCUCCGCUCAUGCAACCGUUUUUAAUGAUUUCUUAUGGAAGCAUACUCAAAGCCACCAACGGAUUAUCCCAGCAAAACAUAAUUGGGACGGGCACAUUCAGUGUUGUUUACAAGGGUAUCCUUGAACCAGAUGGUGCAAUGGUUGCCGUCAAGGUUCUUAAGCUUGGAACCCAAGGAGCCUCGAGGAGUUUCAUGGCGGAGUGUGAAGCUUUGAGAAACAUAAGGCAUCGUAAUCUUGUAAAAAUCAUUACUUCCUGCUCAUCUAUUGAUUUUCAAGGAAAUGAUUUCAAAGCUCUCAUUUACGAGUACAUGCCAAAUGGGAGUCUUGAAAGGUGGCUACAUCCAAGUUUAGAACAAGAGAUCGAGAUCGAAGAAGCUCCACAGAGAUUAAGCCUUCGCCAAAGAGUGACAAUCGCAAUAGAUGUGGCUCAUGCCAUUCACUACCUUCACCAAGACUCUGAAGUACCAAUAAUUCAUUGCGAUUUGAAGCCGAGCAACAUUUUACUUGACAAUGACAUGGUUGCUCACAUUAGUGAUUUCGGGUUGGCUAAGCUUCUUCCAUUGAAACCAGCCGAAAGCAGCUCGAUUGGAAUAAGAUGAACUAUUGGGUAUGCAGCCCCAGAGUAUGGUCUUGGAAGUGAGAUGACAAAAGAAGGGGACAUAUACAGUUUUGGGAUCUUGUUGUUAGAGAUGAUGACAGGAAAGAGACCCACAGACCAGAUGUUUCAAGAAGAAUUGAAUCUUCAUGGCUAUGUUAAGAUGGCGAUGCCUGAUCAUUUCAUGGCAGUCAUUGAACCGGCACUAUUGCAUGCGCUAGAGGAAGAGAUGGACGCUGCAAAUACCAACCGUGGUUACAGUGAAGACGAAGACGAAAAGUGGAAGAG